AUGUCUGUUCAGUCUCCAACUGAGAAGAUUGUUAUCACAGCAGACUCUAUCAAGAACAUUUCUAACACUAAGAAGUUACAGGAAAUAUGCUUGCAACUUUAUAAGAAUCGACACAACUUGAUAGAUGUUAAUAAACAACUCGCUCAGCAGUUGGCGAGAGCACAACAGCGCUCCCAAGAAGCAUACAAUGAAUUAAAAGAGCAGAGCCAACGAAUGAUCGAAUUAGAACAUCAGAAUGAAUCUCUUGAAUAUGAAAAUAAAGAACUUAAAGCAAAAACGAUCAGUUUUGUCGGGGAAUUCCCCAAUACGAGUGGCAUCAAUCAAGCUGAUGACUCAAAUGAAACCGAGAUCAAAAUUCGGAAAUUAAUGAGAACAAUUAAUAAACAGCGCAGAGACAUCGCCGAUCUGGAACAGAAAAAUAAAGAACUUCAGGAAGCUGCAACAAAUGGGCCUUUGAUGAAGCUCCCUGCCUCUGAAGGUGGUCCAGGUCUUGACGAAACGAAAAGCGCUCUUCUCAUUAAGCAACUAUACAGAGAAAACGCACGCUCGAAAGUACAGAUGGAUUCUCUUCGUAAACAAUUACAAGAUAAAGACGAAGAGAUCAAGAACCUCAAAGCUGCCACAGAUCUCAGCAAUUCUCGAAUUUCUGAACUCUCCGGUAUCAUUGAAGGCGAGUCCAAGCUAUCUGAACUCAAGACUCCUCCUUCAAGUCCUUCUUAUCGCAAUUUCAUCGAUCGUGGAAAUUACAAGGAUCGUAGAAUGAAACAACUUAAGGACCAGCUCGACCAGACUGAAACGGAGAUCGAGAACGAAGAGGGCAAGACCGAAAAUCUCAACUACUCGCUCAAUGAAAUGAUUGAUUUGGUCGCAGAAAGACGCCGCGCUUUACAAGAGUUAAGGAAUUCUCAAGGCAAAGACGAAGAGAAGCUCAAGAAGCAGAUCGCCAAAGUUGAAUCUGAAAAGACAAAGAUCGAAGAUGAAAUAAAGCACUUACAAGAGGACGAAGAGCCACAAAUCAAGAAACUCAAAGAUAGACUCGACGAAACUACUACAAAAACUCAGAUUGCUGAGAAGAAACUCGGUGAAAUGAGAAAGACCAUCGAAGAUUCUCGUCAGAAACUUGCCCAGAGGAGACAAAAUCUCAUUGAACGCCGUAAGGAGUUAACCAAUGAUGCCGAAAAUACCAAUACUGAGCUCCAAUCCAUCAAUAAUCAGAUCCAAGAAAUUGAUUCUGAGUUUAACAAGCUCAACGGCCUUGUCAACAAAGUCCAGAGCGAUCACAGCAAGAAGAAGUCCGCACUUCAAGAACAGUUGGCCCAGAAACAGAAAGAUCUCAACGAUCUUAAACGUAAACAAGCCGAAGAAAAGGCCAGCCGCGAAGCAGAGAUCGCCAAGAUCAAUGAUCAACUCCAAAAGACCAUGAAAGAGUACAACGACCUCAAUCAGCCACAAAAUGUCGAUCUCAAGAACGAAAUCGACCAAGCAACCAAAGAUCUCAAAGAACUCGAGAGCAGAGUCAACAAGAAGAGGGAAGAACUCUUCGGAAAGAACAACCAACGCGUUGCCGAGCUCAAUAAGUUGAAUGAACAACUUAAAUCUAAGAUGGACGAGAUGGUUAAGGCCGACCAAGAGCUCCAGUCCGCCAAGGAUGAACACGAAGCCAAGAAGAACGAGCUCAAGGCCGAAAUCGAAAGCGUAUCCGAUGAAAUUUCGAAAUUAAAGGACGAACUCGAAGUUAUUCCUGACUUUGAAGUUGACGACCUCAAAGAUCAACUCAAUGAGCUUCUCAAAGAGAAGGAAGAGCUCGAGAAAGAGAAGAUUAAGAACAAUGACGAACUAAAUUCAAGUAUUAUCAUGCUCAAAGACGAAAUCCAGAAAGAGAAAGCCAACAAAGACAAGAUUUCCGAAGAAAAGAACAAGAGAGACAAAGAACUCAAUGAUGAAAAGUCCAAAUUACAAGAUGAACUCGACAGUUUACAAUUGGAUGAAAUUGAAAACGAAAACGAUCAAUUGUUUGAAGAAGUCGAAGACCUCAAAUCGAAAGUUGAUGAUGCCAAGAUCUUGUACAAUGACAUGGUCGACAAAAUCGAUGACUUGAAACAACAGAGAUCGAAGGUAGAGCAGAAAUACAAAGAUUUAGAAAAACAAAAUAAAGAAAAAAGUGACGAAAUUGAAAAAGUUUCCAAAGAAAUUUCAGAGUUAAAGGAGAAACUUGAUAAUUUGAACCAGUUCAAAGACAACACACCAGAGCUCCACCAAAAGGUUGAUGCAAUGAACGAACAAAUUGUCAAGAAAUCGCAAGAAAACGAGAAAAUCCAAGAAGAAAUGAACAAAUUGAACGAAGAAUUGCAGCAUUUGGAGAAUGAAAUGGAAGAAAUCGAAGUAGUCAAUGACGAAAGAGAAACAAUCCAAGAAAAGAUUGAUAACAUCAAACAACAAAUCGAAGAAAAAAAGAAAUCAAAUGAAGAAAUCCAAGAUAUAAUGAAUUUGUUGAUUGAAGCCGAAAAUGAUGCACAAAAGGAACUCGAUGACAUUGAGAUUGUUGAAGCCCAGUCUGAAGAAAUCAGACAGAGAAUACAAACACUCCAGGAUAACUUGCAAGACAGAAAGAAGUUAAAUAACGAAUUAACCGAACAAAACAAUAAAUUACAAAAAGAAUUGAAAGAUUUACAAAACGAACUCGACCAAACAGAGUUAGUCAAUGAUGAUUCUGAGUCAUUGAACAAGAAACUCGAUGAAAUCAAGGAGCAGAUCAACGAGCGUAAGUCACAGAACGAAAACAACACAGAACAAAAUGAAAAACUCAUCGAAGAAAUCGAAAAAUUCGCUAAAGAAUUGGAUGAAAUUGAAAUCAUUGAAGAUAAAAGUGACAAAUUACAGGCGCAAAUUUCUGAACUUCAGAAACAAAUUGAUGAGAAACAGAAGAACAACGAACAGACAGACAAGUCCAACAAUGAUUUAGAACACGAGUUACAGAUAACUAAACAAAAAUUGGACUCAAUGUCAAGUGUCAAAAAUAAUUCUGAUUAUCUCAAAUCAGAAAUUGAAAAUGUCAACAAGGAAAUCGAGAAAAUCCGUGAUACAAACAACAAACUCAAGCAGGAACUCCAAGACAAGAACAAGGAGCUUGAGGAAAUGACGGAUAUCGCUGAUAAUUCCGAAGAACUCAAAGAGAAAAUUGAUUCAGUCAAUGAAGAAAUCACAAAACGUGUUGCAAACAACACAACUAUCGAUGAAUUGAUCAGACAUCUCCAUGAAGACCUCAAGAACGCAGAGGCCAAACUGCAAUCAAUUCCACAUGUUGACGACAACACAGAUUCUCUCCAGAAAUCAUUGGAUGAAGUUUUAGCACAAAUUUCUCAGAAACAGAGAGAAAACGACGAAUUGAAUGACGAAAUCAGCAGACUCAUCCAGGAAAAGGAAGAAAAGACUGAUGAACUCAAUAACAUGGAAACAAUUCCAGAUAAAAGAGAAGAAAUCAGUUCCGAAAUCGAAACCGUCAAAUCACAAAUCGAAGAAAAGAAGAAAAACAACGAAAAGAUUGCAGAAGAAAACAAGAAAUUGGCUGAAGAACUCGAAAACCUCAGACAAACACUCUCUAAGAUGGAAACAAGUGACCAACCACUUGAAAACAUCCAAAAGGAAAUCGAGACAACUAAACAGGAAAUCUCCGAAAAACAGAAAGAACUCGAUGAGCUCAAACAAGAAUUAGAACAAAUUAAAGAUGAAGAUCAAUCCAAAGCUGACGAGAUUUCAGAAGAAAUUGAGAACAUCAAGACACAAAUCGAUGAAAAGAACAAGAAGAAUGAAGAAAUCGCUAAGAACAAUGAAGAAAAACAAUCAGAACUCGAUGAAAAACUCAAAGAAUUACAAGAUCUCGAAGAAAUUAAAGAUGAAACAGAAGAAAUCAAUCAACAAAUCGAAGAAACACAGAAAGAAAUCGAAACAAAGAAGCAACAGAAGGAGAACAACAACAAACUCAAUGAAGAACUUGAUAAACUCAAACAAGAUUUGGAACAAAUUGAAAAUGUUGAAGAUAAUGUUGAAAAACUGACAGAAGAAAUUGAAAAAGUGAAAAGUGACAUCGAUUCCAAGCAUCAACUUAACAACGACAUCAAAGAAGCCAAUGAAGUUGUCGAAGAAGAGUUGAACAGUUUGAAGGAAGAACUCGAAAAGAUCGAACCUGUUGAAGACAAAUCCGAUGAAAUCAGAAAGGAAAUUGUCAAAAUCCAGAAAGAAAUCGAGACAAAGAAGGCAACAAACUGCGGAAUCAGCGAAUCCAAUGAACUCCUCAACAAGGAACUCAAUGAUCUCAAGAACCAAUUAGAAGAAAUCGCUGAAGAAAAGGAUGAUUCAGAAGAAAUCAAGGCAGAAAUCGAAAAUCUUCAUAAAUCAAUCGAAGAAAAGAAGGAACACAACGCAAAUACACAACAAAACAACGAGAACAUGAAGGAAGAAUUGUCCAAACUCCAAGAAGAAUUCGAUCAAAUCGAAGUUGUUGAAGAUAAAGCUGAAGAAAUCCAUUCAGAAAUCGAAAAACUCAAGUCACAAAUCGAAGAAAAGAACACAACAAACAAUGAUAUCAAGGAAGCUAAUGAUAUCUUGAACGAGGAACUCAACAAUCUCCAGAAACAAUACGAUGAAAUCGAUGUAGAAGAAGAUAAAUCUGAGGAAUUAUCACAAAAAGUGACAGACUUACAAAAACUUCUUGAAGAGAAGAAAUCACAAAAUGAGACAAUCAAAUCCGGAAACGAGAAUAUUCUCAAGGAACUCCAGAGCUUGCAGAACGAGUUAGAUAACAUCGAAGUUGUUUCAUCAUCAUCUGAAGAAGGAGAAAAGAAGAUUGAAAAACUCAAACAAAUGAUUUCUGACAAACAAAAGCAGAAUGAAGAAACAACUAAACACAAUGAAGAACUCGAUAACCAAAUCAAAGAUCUUGAGAAUGAAUUGAACGAAAUUAUUCCUGUUAAAGACAAAUCCAAUGAUUUGCAACAACAAAUUGAAGAAAUCAAAGAUAAAAUCACAGACAAACAGAAGAAGAAUGAAGAAUGCUCACAGCUCAACACAGCUUUGAAGGAAGAAUAUGAUCAGUUGAAGAGCGAAUUCGAUAACAUUGCAGUUAUCGAAAGCAAAGCAGAAGAAAUCCAACAAAAGAUCGAUGAAAUCAAAUCCGAAAUCGAUCAGAAACGUAAAGAAUACCAAGAUAUCAAAGAAGGAAAUGAUUUGUUGGAAGAAGCUUAUACAGAGAAACAAAAGGAACUCGAACAAAUCGAAGUUGUCGAAGACAAGACUGAAGAUUUGCAGAACUUGAUUGAUGAAAUCACAGAGCAAAUCAACAGCAGGAAAUCGAACAACUUAGAAAGACAAGUUUCCAAUGAAACAUUCGAGAAACAACUCGGCCAAUUGAAGCAAGAACUCAAUGAUUUACCACAAACAGAUGAUAACUCCGAAUCUCUUAAAGAAGAAAUAGAAGAGACAAAGAAGAAACUCGCAAUGAUGAAGGACGAAUACCAGAGAAUGUCUGAUGAAGACAAAUCAUUGACAGAUGAAUUAAUCAGAGUUGAAUCUGAAUUGAAUGAUUUAGAAAACCAAAAGAAUGUUUUGGAGAAUGAAACAAUUGUCAAAGCUGAAAAGAAGAUGCAGAAUGAUAAUACAAUCAUGGAUCUUCGUAACAAGAUUGAUACACUUAAAGCACAAUUGCAACAACAAGAGAAACCACAAGAAGACAUCGAAAAACUCAAGAAAGAAUAUCAGGAAUUGAAAUUCCAAUUCGAUGCAAAAGUUUCUCAAAACAAAGAAGAAGUUUCUCAUUCCGAAAACGAGCUCCAUUCUCUCAAGGAAAUGUACGACAAGAUAGAGAAAGUUGAGCAGCAACAAGUUGACUCCCUCAAGAGCCAAAUCUUAUCUGUUAAAGCUCAAAUCGAUGACCAGAACAAGAAGAACGAAGAAAUGAAGAAACAAAUUGAAAAACUGACAUCAGAAAAAAGUGACGCACAAAAUGAACUUGAAAAAGCCGAAAACAAAGUUGAUCCAGACGAAUUAGUCAGGCUCAGUGAAGAGAUCGAAGAACUCAAGUUAGAAGCCGACGAGAAGAAGAAGCAGAAUGAAGAAGUUAGAUCUUCUUUGGAAGAAGAACUUUCAAAGUACAAAGAAAUCCUUGAGAACUUGAAAUCAGAUAAUCAAUCAGAUAUCCACAACCAAAUCGAUCAGAUCAAGGACAGAAUCAACGAGAAACAGCAAGAAAACGAGGCAGAUAACCAGAAAUUGCAAGAAAUCAUCAAUAAUCACAAGAAACUUCUUGAAAACAUGAACAAGGAACACGAAGAAAUCCAGAAACAAAUUGAACAAGAAGUUGACAAGAAUAACAAGGAAAUCGACCAGAAACAGAAAGAAAUCAAUGAAGUUAAGGAGAAACUCCAACAGGCAAAGAAAGAAAACGAAGACGACAAGGUAGAAUUGCAAAGACAAAUCGAUAAUUGUGGAAGAGAAAUCGAAAAACUCCAAAACGCAGGAGACAGCGAAAUCGAUUUACUCAAACAAGAAAUCGAUAAGAAAGAAAAAGAAAGACAGCAGGCAACAGAACAGAAACAGCAUGAAAUCGAAAUGUACAAAGCUAAGUUACAACAUAAAGAACAAGAGAAUGCUGUAAAUGCUGAAAAACUCCAUAACGAAAUCGAAAAUCUCAAGAAGAAGAUCGAUUCUCAAGAAAUGGAAUACAAGAAUUACAACGAAAGUUUGACAAAGAUCUUGGACAAACUCAAAGUCAAACUUGAAGAAGUUGAGGAAGAAAACAGAAAUGAAGAUGAAAGAGCUGAAGAAGUUGAAAAUCUCAAGGCACAAAUCGCUUCCAAACGCAAACAAAAUGAUGCAGAAAACGAGAAAUUAUCUCAAGAAAUCAAUAAACUCAAAGAAGAACUUCAAAAUCUCCAAGAAAACACAGAGAUAGAAGAAAUGAAACAAACAGUUGAAGACUUGAAGACACAGAUCUCUGUAUUCGGUGAUCCAGAACAAGAAAAGAUCAAACUCCAGAAGGAAAUCGACGAACUCACCGAGAAAACAGAGAAAUUGGCUGAAGCUGAUGAUGAAAACGACAAAUUGCGUGAACAAAUCGAAAAUCUCAAGAACGUCAAAUCACGCGAUGUAGAAAUCAUCGAUCUCGGUGAAGAAGAAGAUGGAGAAAGACAACAAUUAGUUGAAGAACUCAACAAACUCAAGGAAGAAUACGAACAACUACAAAACACAGAUGACAUCAAUGAUUUGAAGCAAGAAGUCAUCGAUUUAUCCAAACAAAUCGAUGAAAUCAAAGCAUCAAACAAAGAUGCACAAACCAAAUCUGAUUUACUCAAAGAACUUUCUCAACUCAAUUCACAAAUAGAAAACAUAAUCCAAGAGGAAGAAGACAAAGAAGAAAUCAGAUCACAUAUUGAAGAAAUCAAAUCUCUUCUUGAUAACAAACAAUCAGAAGAAGACGAGAAAGAACUUGAUGAUCUCAAGAAACAGUUAGAAGACAAACAAAGCUUAAUCAACAAACUCAAAGAAGAUAUCAAAUUAACUAAGGAAGAAAACGAAAAAGCUCAGAAGAACAUUGAUGAUUUAGAACAAGAAUUCGAUGAUCUUAACAACGAAUACGAAGAAGAAAGUCAAUUUGAUGAAGAAAGAAAACUUCUUGAAACAGAAAUUGAACGUCUCAAACAAUUAAUUUCUGAAAAGAAGACACAAAACAAGGAGAAAACAGAUAAAUUGUUCAAAGAAAUCAAUGACUUGACAGAAGAAUUGAAUUCAUUAGAAGAUGACAGUGAAAACAAGGAAUUACAGAGCCAAAUCGAUGAACUCAAUGAACAGAUCAAUUCCGUCAAAGAAGAAUCAAAUCCACAACAAACUAAAGAGAAUUUGCAGAAAGAACUCGAUGAUCUCAACAACAAAUUACAGCAAAUGAUUGAAGACGAAGAAGAAAACGAGAAACUCAAAGAAGAAAUCGAUGCUUUGAAGGAAGAACUUAAAGACAAUAAGUCACAAGAAGAAAAUCAACAGCUCAAAUCUCAGAUUUCUGAAUUACAAGAACAAAUCAAACAGAAACAAAAUGAAAUUUCUGAAACAGAAAAUUCACUCAAAUCUCAGAUUUCUCAAUUACAAAAUGAGCUGAAAGAAAAAGAAUCAGAAAGAGGCGACAAAUCCAAUUCUUUGUACAAAGAAAUCGAUUCACUCAAGGAGAAGAUUAACAACCAAGAGAUAGAGAACAAGGCAGACUCAUCACAGUUAUCAGAUCUACUCAAAGAUCUUAAGAAGAAACUCCAAGAAUUGACAGAAGAAAACGAAACAAUCAAAUCAAAGAUUUCUGAAGAAAAAGAAAAAUCUAAAUCAGAAAUGGCCAAAUUAGAAGAAGAAAAGAAGUCAUUGAACAAAGAACUAGAGAAUGUCAAUGAUGACGAAGACAAGGAAAUGCUUGAAGGAGAAGUUUCUUCACUCAAAGAAACAUUAAAUCUCAAGAAACAAAUCAAUGAAGAACAGAAACAAAAAUUGUCACAAGAAAAAGAAAAAUUGACAGAAGAAUUGUCACAGCUCAAUGACAACGAAGAUUUGAAGAAAGAGAUCGAGCAAAAGAAGGAAGAACUCGAGAAGUUAAAGAACGAUUCAUCAUUGUUACAAGAACUCCAAGAUCUCAAGAAACAAAUCGAAGAGAAAUCUGAAAAACAAAAUCCAGAACUCUUGAAACAAAUUGAAGAUUUGAAGAAAGAAAUUUCAGAGAAAGAAAGCGAAAACGAUUUAAUCACAGGAGAAAAGAACACUGUUGAACAGCAGUACAACAAAUUAGUAGAACAAAGGAAGUACUUGGAGUCAACAAUGGAAGCAGCGAAGAAGAAAGUUUCUGAUCUCAGACAACAAUGCGAUGAAUUGUCGAUGAAGAACAACCAGUUCAGAAUCGACAACGAAAAAGAAUUCCAAGAAAUCAAGAAAUCAAUUGAAGAAAUCAAGGGCCAGAGAGAGCAGCUCGCAAAGAAACACAACGAGGAUAAGAGGAGAGCAAGAGAAUACAACACUCUCGCACGCCAGAAACUUACAGACGCUCAGCAAAAACUUGAUGCAGAGAAGGCUAAAAAUGAAAAUCUUUUGAAGAUGAUGUCAGAACAAGAAAAAACCGUUUCUAAUUUGGAGAAAGAAUCAGAAGAUUUGGAGCAAAAGAACAAAGAACUCGAGCAGCAAAUGACAUCAACAGGUGACUUCUCACAAGAUAAGAUAGAAGAGCUAAGAAAGAAGAAGGAAGAAUUGCAGAAAUUGAAUGAUGAAUUAUCUCAAAAACAAAAACAAAAUAUCGAACAAUCAAAUUCCCUUCAAAAUGAAAAAGUGACACUUUCUAAUGAAAUUGAGUCAUUGAAGUCCAGCACUGAAGCCAUGGAGAAAGAGUCCACGGAGAUGGAAAAGAAGCUCGAGGAAGACAAAGGAAUCAUUUCCGAGAAAUCCAAAGAAAAAGAAGACUUGGAAAAGAAAUCUAAAGAACAACAAGAAAAAAGUGACAAACUUAAACAAGAAGUUGCAGAAUUACAAGAGAAAGCAAAGAAGAUCACAACAGAAAACACAGACUUGAAUGAUAAGAUCACAGAUUUAGAGAUUUCCAUUUCAAACGCCGAAAGAAGGAAGAAAGAUCUUGAGGAAGAAAUCGAGAAAUCAUCAGCGAAAUCAUUGCAAGAAAAGGAGAAAGAACUCGAAGAAAUCGCUGAAAAGAAGAAGAAAGAAGUCAGAGAAAUGAAGAAACAACACAAACAGAACAUAAGAUCCUUGGAAUCUUCAAUUUCUCUCCUUGAACAAGACAUCAAAUCUCUUGAAGAAAUACAGAAUUCUUCCAAGAAAUCUGAACAGGAAGGACUCCAACUUCUCGAUGAAAAAGUCGCUGAUUUGAAGAUAAAGAAGUUCGAACUCGAAGACAUCAUCGCAGACAGAGAUUCAGAACUCAAGAAAUGGGAGAAAGAACUCCUCGAAAAGAAUAAAGAACUUUCAGAAGUAAACAGACAAAUCAGAGCUUUGAAAGGAGAUAAAAUCGACCAAAUCAAGGAAGACAUCAAAGAUAUCGAUGAAGAAAUAGAAUCAAAGAAGAAGAAACUCAACUUAAAUACAGUUGAAGAUAACGAUGAAGAAGAAGAGGAAUCAUCAAAGCCAAAGAUCUUCACACCAACAAUUUCUAAACCAUCAGAACAAGAAGACAACAAACCAAAGAUCUUCGUUCCAACAAUUCCAAAACAAAAUGAAGAAAACAAGGAAGAAAAUAACAAACCAAAGGUAUUUGUUCCUGUUGUUCCUAAACAAACAGAAGAACAAAAGAAGGAAGAAGAGAAACCAAAGUUCUUUGUUCCAACAACUCCAAAGCAAAAUGAAGAAAACAAGGAUGAAAAACCAAAGAUUUUUGCUCCUCCUCCAGCUCAACCGAAAUUAUUUGUUCCAACAUUUAAUAAACCAUCAGAACAAGAAGACAACAAACCAAAGUUCUUCGUUCCAACAAUAGCUAAACCAGCAGAACAAGAAACAAAGAAGGAAGAAGAGAAAGAAGAAGAAAAACCAAAGACGUCUGUCCCAGAGAAACCAAAGUUCUUCGUUCCAACAAUUACAAAACCAGCAGAAGAAACAAAGAACGAAGAAGAAAACAAGCCAAAGAUCUUUGUCCCAACAACACCAAAACAAAAUGAAGAAGAGAAGAAGGAAAAAGAAAAGAAAGUUGAAGAAAAACCAAAGGUUUUCGUUCCUCCUCCAGCACAACCAGAGAAACCAAAGUAUUUCAUUCCUCCAAUGCCUAAACAGAAUGAAGCAGAAAAGCCAAAAUUCUUUGUUCCACAAGUAGUUAAACCAGUUGAAGAACCAAAGAAGGAAGAAGUCAAAGAAGAAGAACAAGAAAAAGUAAUUUUCAUUCCAACAUCUGCAACAAAGAAAGAAUCAACAAAUAGUUCUCCUUCGAAGCCGAAGUACUUCGUUCCAACAUUCAAUCAACCACCAGUUCCAGAAGAACAAAAGAAGGAAGAAGUCAAAGAAGAAGAGCCAAAGAAAGAAGAAGAAGAAAUCAAAGAAGAAGAACCAAAGGAAGAAGUGAAAGUGGAAGAAGAAAAACCAAAGAUUUUCACUCCUCCAAAAUUCGGACAACCACAAACAGAAGAAAAGAAAGAAGACUCAUAUGAAAAGCCAACAUUCUCUUUAUCCAAUGAAAACAAAGAAACAGAAGAAGCUCCACCACAGCCAAAGCCAUUCUUCUUCCAAACACCUUAA